AUGCUGGAAUUAAACAAUAGACACACAGGAAUAUUUUUGAAAAGCAAGAUAUUGGAAAUACUCGCUCUAUACCAUGUUUCACUAGAGCAGAUAUUCACGGUAACAUGCGAUAACGGGGCGAACAUGAUAGCUGCUGUUAAGCAAUUACAAUCCGAACUUCAAACCCUGUUCAACACACCAACGGACGACGAUGGCUGCACGAUUCCUGACGAACAAUUGGAGUGGACUGAAUCCGUAGAACGAGAAUUCAGUCACACUAUAACUGUAGUGAGAUGUGCUGUACAUACUAUGCAGCUUUCAGUGAGUGAUGUCAUCAAGGCAUACGAUGUGGAACUACGCAAAUGUACAUUGGUGGCAAACAACUGCCGUAAAAUAGCAUACAAGUCUGUGUUUAGCGAAGAGUCACUUCCACCGCUAUAUUCCAAAACGAGAUGGGGAGGCAUUUUUGAAAUGCUAAAAUAUUUUAGUGAGCGUGAGGAACUAUUCAGUGACCUGGGCCAACAGUACCCGGAGCUAGACCUUAUGGAACAAUGGCAAUUCGUAAAAGAAUAUGUUGAAGCGUUUGAGCCAGUGUACAUAGCAACGAAAAAGAUGCAGGCUGUACAUACAUCAUUAAAUGAAUUUUAUUUAACGUGGAUGAAGACUAUCAUGCAGAUUAGUUUAAUUCAAAACAAUAGAUUUGUUGAGGCUCUAACUCAAGCCCUGAAACAGCGACUUAAAGUUCUCAAAGAAAACAUCGUUGUAAAAGCAGCACUACUUAUAGAUCCUAGGAUAAAUUAUUUGAAUUCCAGGUUUUUUGGCCCGGAAGAGAAGGAGGAAAUUCGUGCAUUUAUCAUUGCCACAUCAGAACGAAUUCAAAAAUUCAAAGCUAGACUCCAGACAUCUACACAACCGUCUUUAUCUACAUGCAACAAUAAUACACAAAACAGCCCUAGCGAUUUUGACAUUUUCUUCACAGAAUUGUAUGGAGGAUCGCUGCCAGCAACAUGUGUAGAAUCUGAUCAAUUAUCUCCCGAUAGAUUUGUUCGGCAGCUUAAUGCUUUAGAUUUAGAAGCCCAUCAAAAUUCUACAUUUGAUGUAUGGCAUUACUGGAUGUCGCGGAAAUAUACACACCCUGAACUAUGCGAGAUAGCCACACUACUUCUAGCAGUUCCGUCGAAUCAAGUGUCGGUGGAGCGAGCUUUCAGCGCUCUUAGUUUAGUCCUUUCAGACAAACGAACAAAGCUAAAUGACGAUACCCUGGAAAAUAUUCUAUUAAUUAAACUUAACAAAUGUACAUUUGAAAAGAUUCUCCCUACCCUUUCUCAAUGGAAUGAAGAAAAUUUAUAG